AUGCUCGUCUCCCUCCUCCUCCUCCCCCUCACCCUCGUCGCCGCCAGAUCGAUCCGCCCCGCCGCGGGAUGCGGAAAGUGCCUCGACGUCGUGGGCGUGGAUGGCAACGCGGGCGCAGCACGCAUUUCCAGCGGAGUCACCCUCAACGACUGCAAUGGCUCGAGCGCGCAGAACUGGGAGGUCCAGCGCGGCGUGACCCUCAUCCGUCUCGCGGGCACCCAGUACUGUGUUGACGUUGGCACGCACCGUCGUGGUCCCACGCCCGGCUGGAACCCCGCCAACGGCGAGAUCGCAAAGCUCUACCCCUGCACCGACAUCGCGACCUCCUCGGCCGGCCAGGUGUUCGAGUGGAAUGGCGCAAAGCUCCACAUCAAGGAGAAGGCCAAGGGCGACUUCUGCCUCGAUGUCAAAGACGGCAAUACUUCGCCGGGCAACCAGAUCCAGAUGUGGACCUGCUUCCCCCGCAACACGAACCAGCAGUGGAGUAUCGUCUGA